AUCAAAAAUAUAAAAUCAGUCUAUCACGUAGUUAAAUUGAUAAAAUCCUAUUAUCUUAUCAACAAUUCAGUAAUUUAUGAUCUCAGCUUGUUAAUUAAGGUUAAUGAUAUCUUUAUCUUUCUAGAUCAAGGAUACUCAGUAUUUCGAACUUUGUUAGGUACAACCUACACUAUGCAGAGAUACUUAAUCAUAGAAUUGAUCAUUUGCCAUGUUGAUGUACCUAUUUUGUGUAUCACGUUUUCAAUAUUUUAUUGUGUCAUAGUGAUGAACGUUUAAGGCGAUAUGUUUACCUACUAUUACUUAAAGUAUAUUUACGAUUAUUAUAUAUAGCUGUUGUUUAUCCAAAUAAAUAAAUUACGAUUAACACGAAUGAUACUUAUGUAAGUAAAACCUGUUCUUCUGCUGAUGUAUUCCACAACCUACCAAUAAAUACCCAAGAUAAUAAUCCAGGGGAAUACAAUAGCGGAUCACAAUAACUUGAAUUAAAAUAUCAUGUCAAAGCGUACACAAGGCGCUUUUUUCCAUCCCCAUCGUCAGCGUACAUUGACCCCGCCACCUAAUAGUUUCAAUAUUCGUCUCAAGUGUGGCGUGGGUGUAGAAUCUAAGCUACAGUUUUCGGGUUCAAUGCUCUUGGCUGGGGCACUCUCAUGGAAAAUCUACUUGGAUUGACAGAUUGCUACGUGCCCAAAUAGCCAUAACAUUACCGAAAAUACUGUCUUUUGUUUUUACGUUAACAAGUCAAACUCACCGCAUUAGGCACGCGUUAAGUGUAAAAACAAAAUAAAAUACUAUUAGCAUUUACAUUUUGAAUAUCUACCACUUACAUUAUAAGGUUAAACCCGGUUUAACAAGUAAAUCUUUAACUUUAUAAAGCUAGUUGCUUAAAUAUGCUCUGAAGUCUAUCGCCAGCUUGACAAACCUAAUAAACAGAACUGUCCGAUUAAUUUACCAACAUUAACAGCAUUAGCCCACACAAAGCGCUCUGAUGGACGCCGUCCAUUAUACAUAGUGCAAUCUGGCCCUAACUAUGUUGUGUAAUUGCAUCUACGUGCAAUCCGACGUAAUUAUGUUUAGCGACAAGCGUAAUAAUAUGGUGGGAGACCUGGCUAUUAGCUCAAGGCGAAGGCUAUUGUCACCGCCUGAGCCUCGCUACAGAACGGCCAUUACCCACAGAAUACCCGUCUCCACCGCCACAGCCUACAGAACAAAAAGGAACAACUUAUCAAGAGAAUAUUUAAGUGCCAUUAUUGGAAAAUUAUAAUGAGAAUGUCGAUGCGAUGUUUGCGUGAAGCCGAGGCUAAUUGGGAUGGUUAGUUGUAGAGUGGAAAAUGUGUCUUUUGAACAUGUUUGUGAGGUUAAACAUGAUGGAUAGAGUUGAUGUGUUAUGAUUGGUUGAGUGGUGGUCCGUAUGGUGUUGCGGUGCACAUCUGGCGCGGUGUUAUCGGUCAAGUUCGCGCGCUCCUGACCCCGCGCGCCGCCGCCGCCGCCGCCGCCGCCGCCGCUCCGCCCGCCUCUCGACUCUGCACAAUCUCGAGCUCGCCGACAAGCCUCCGUCAACGACUGGCUAAUCGAUACCAACUUUCAGUUCCACUUUAUCCUUCUACAAGUCGAGCGAGCGCACCUAGAUUAUUCAGCAUAAAGUUUCGUACCUCAGCCCGGCUCGAGCGCUCUUAACCCGAAUCUAUCAAAUUGAAAUCAAAGUCUUUGCCGAUUCCCGGCAAGCUUCAUCGGGCACGGAACUUUACCUGACCUACAAAGCGACGCACUUUUCGUGUGCGAGGCAAAGUGAGCCUUGGGGAAAGAGCUAGAGAGUCUAGUUCCGGUCGGUGACUGGGGGGAGUUACGUGUCGGCGGCGGGGGCUGCGUGCGGCGCGGUACGCAUGCGGCUCGCCCCGCGACCCGGCAACAUGGCCGCCAACAUGGCCGCCGCGCGCCUGCAGCUGCACCGCCGGCAGUGCCACGCGCCGCCAGCCGAGCCCUCCACGCGGCCCGCUGCCGCCACACUCGACAUCCGCCACCACCGAAGGUCCGGGACCAAUCGCGCGUGCAACAAGUGAUGUUGACGUCGAACGAAAACGCAGGCCCGGCUCCGCGCGCCGACUGAUGUGAACGAGGGAGGACUAUAAAUAUAGAAGUGGCCUUUAGGUGCAGCGGCGCGGGUGAGUCGCGCGGCGAGUGACGUCGCCCCCGCCCGGCCGCCCCGCCCGCGCCGCCGGUACACGCGACGCGCCAUAAACAAUCACCGGCGCUGCGUGGAGCGUGGAGCUCAUUCAUCCGCCACCGAACAGCACCGAGGCGCGGUUGUGUAGUGAUAGUGACGCUCGAUUAACUCUGUAACUCGCAUAAAACAUUGGAACGUUAUCGCCGGUGGUGUGAAUAUCGCGCGUGUAUAGUAAAUAACAAUGUCAGUGUGUGUCGGCGGGUGGUCGCGGGGUUGUGGUGGUCCGGCGGCGGGCGGCACGCGGCGGGUGAUGCAGUGAGGCAUGCUGACGGCGCUGUGGGCGGCGUGGCGGCUGGCGCGCGCGCUGGGGCUGGCGCGCGGCCCCGCGGAGGAGGCGCCGCAGCCCCCGCGCUCCGCCCGCGCCGGCUCCGACCUCAGCACGCUCAGCACCGCCAGCUCCAGCCGCACCAGCAGCGGCGACGCCAACCACAAGAGAUGGAGCGAGCCGCGCCGGUGGAGCGCCCGAGGCGCGCGGCGACCGCUGCGCCGCCCCCCGCCCGCGGCCAGGAGAAGAACUACUGGCAGCUUCGAUGUGGAGAAUGGCGGGGCGGCCGGCGCGGCGGGCGCGCGCUCCCCGCUGGACGGGGGCUCCCCCUCGGCCGCGCUGGUGCUGCAGGCCAUGCCGCAGCGCCGCGAGAGCUUCCUCUACAGAUCUGACUCCGACUUCGAGAUGUCGCCCAAGUCGAUGUCAAGAAACAGCUCCAUCGCCAGUGAAAGAUUCAAGGACACGGAGGCUGCUCAGUUGGACCGAGCCCACGGCGAGGACCUGAUCGUGACGCCGUUCGCGCAGGUGCUGGCGAGCCUGCGCAGCGUGCGCAACAACUUCCUGUGCCUCACCAACGUGCCCGUCGGGAAAUCGAGAAGAUCGUCCGGGGCGGCCUCGGCGGUCACUCCGCAACCAAAGAACCUGAAUCCAGGAGACGAGGCGUACAUGAAGCUGGCGUUGGAGACGGUGGAGGAGCUGGACUGGUGCCUCGACCAGCUCGAGACCAUCCAGACGCACCGCUCUGUGUCCGACAUGGCCUCGCUUAAGUUCAAGCGGAUGCUGAACAAGGAGUUGAGCCACUUCUCCGAGUCGAGCAAGUCCGGCAACCAGAUCUCCGAGUACAUCUGCUCCACAUUCUUGGACAAACAACAGGAGCUGGAUAUCCCCUCGCUGCAGGUGGAGGAGGGCACCGAGAGGGCCAAGAAGAAGGACAAGCCGCGCUAUGGCGGCCCGAGCGGGACCAUGUCGCAGGUCAGUAUAUCUGGCGUGAAGCGCGCGCUGACUCACACGAACAGCUUCACGGGCGAGCGCGUGCCGCGGCACGGCGUGGAGACCCCGCACGAGGAGGAGCUGGGCCGCCUGCUGGGCGACCUGGACCGCUGGGGCGUGGACAUCUUCCGCGUGGGCGAGCUGUCCGCCGGCCGCCCGCUCACCGCCGUCGCCUACGCCGCCUUCACUUCCCGCGAGCUGCUGGCGACUUUACAAGUCCCUCCCCGCACUUUCCUUGCUUUCGCCGUGACGCUGGAGGAGCACUACUGCCGCGACAACCCCUUCCACAACUCGCUGCACGCGGCUGACGUCACGCAGUCCACCAACGUGCUGCUGAACACGCCCGCGCUGGACGCCGUGUUCACUCCUAUUGAAGUCACAGCGGCGCUGUUUGCCGCCUGUGUGCACGACGUGGACCACCCCGGCCUCACCAACCAGUUCCUCGUCAACUCCAGUUCCGAGCUCGCGCUUAUGUACAACGACGAGUCUGUGCUAGAGAACCACCACCUGGCCGUGGCCUUCAAGCUGUUACAGAACGACGGCUGCGACAUAUUCGUCAACCUGCACAAGAAGCAGCGACAGACGCUGCGCAAGAUGGUGAUUGAUAUGGUUCUCUCGACCGAUAUGUCCAAGCACAUGAGUCUGCUGGCGGACCUCAAGACCAUGGUGGAGACGAAGAAGGUGGCCGGCAGCGGAGUCCUACUGCUCGACAAUUACACGGACAGGAUACAAGUGCUGGAGAAUCUAGUUCACUGCGCAGACUUGAGCAACCCGACCAAGCCGCUGCCUCUGUACAAACGCUGGGUUGCCCUACUCAUGGAAGAAUUCUUCCAGCAAGGAGACAAGGAAAGAGAGCAAGGCAUGGACAUAAGCCCCAUGUGCGACCGGCACAACGCGACGAUUGAAAAAUCUCAGGUCGGGUUCAUAGACUACAUCGUGCACCCGCUGUGGGAGACGUGGGCCGACCUGGUGCAUCCCGACGCGCAGGAUAUAUUGGACACACUGGAGGAGAAUCGUGAUUACUACCAGAGCAUGAUCCCGCCCUCGCCGCCGCCCGCCCCCGCCCAGGGCGCCGACGACGACCGCCCAGAACAAAUACGCUUCCAAGUAACGCUAGAGGAGGGCGAGGGUUCGGAGGAUUGCGAAGGGGAAGGCGAUGGCGGGAUGUGACGGAAACUACUGGGAAUCUACAAGAAACUCUCAGAGAAGAUGCAGGUAUGGUGGAGGCUCUGGCAGUAGCCCCGCCGCCCCUUGCGUACUGGAGCUCUCAGAUACAAUGUGUUGUUGACGCUUAACUCGAAAUGGGACGGUCCACGGCCGCAUCGUAACAUUUCGACCAUAUUUAUUUGUAUGUGAUUAUUAUGCAAUGUUGUUUAGAAUUUACCUAACGACUAAAUAAUAUGUCCCUCCAAUGAUUGUGUAACGUUCGAUUGUCUAGUGUUUUUGUAUUUUAGUGUUUCGUUUUUAUCUAACCAAAGAUGUGAAAUAAUUGAUUGAUUGUUAAGUUGAGAAAAAUUGAAAUAUCCCUGUAAUUAGAUAGUUUUCGGUUCGUACAAAGUUAAAUGAUAAUGUGUAAGUAGAUAUAAUGGUUCGGCCCGCGGUAAGCGGCCGGUUAAUUUAGGACAUUGAAAACGCUUAUUAAUUGGUAUGAAAGGGUAAUUUAUAUUGUCAUAUCAUCCACGUUUCUCAUAUAUUUAAUACGGGUUUGCGAUAAUGAUGUUAUUCACCACUAUAUUAUAUUAACAUUUAGGUAUUCCUUAAUAUAGAGCUACUUUAAGGUACAUUUUUAAAAUUGCCUUUCAGAGUUGUUGUUGUGUCUUUUUCUGAAUAUGAGAUGUAUCGGCCUCGCGCCGCGAGUAGCUUUACUGACGGUAAACCUGAGCACCUCAUUUCUUACAAGGGUCGCUGGCGAUCCCGUUAUUUUUCUCUUUAGCAUAAUGUAUUAUUUUUAUAAAUUGUUUUUAAACUAGUUCCCCAAGUUAGUGAUAAUUAUUUUGCUUUAAAAGAAACGCAACUAAUAUUGGCUUGGAGUGUUUUGAGGAAGUAUUACUAACCGAGUUGUUACUGUGUGAAGUGCCGGGAGUUGCAAUAGUACGGUAGUGACGCACAAGGCGCUAGGGGCGCUUCAUCUCUCUCAUUAUACGUAUCUGUACAAUCUCAGGCCGACGGGCGCUGGGAAGCUCUCACCUUCACCACUAAGUCGUCGAUAGCUAAGAGAUCCGUACGGAAAUAUAGUUUCGUUUCGGCUCACUAGUGUCAAUCUGAUCUCAGGUAGACCCCCAGUAUUGUAGAAUUUAAUGUGCCUAUAAUAUCGUCUGUUGGAUCAGUAAAUUUUCACGACUAUACUGUACUGAUACGCUCAUUUUGUGAACAUUUACGUAAUGGGAUGAUGGAAUACUUAAAUUACCUAUUGUUAUUAUAGUUUUCAUGUUCGAUUUUAUCACUUUUACGAGCUGGUCUCUUAUUGAAUGUACUCAUUGUUUACAAGUUUGUAAUGUUUCUGUUUGUGUUGGUCGCCGCGCUCGCUCCGGGAUCUGUCGUGAGAUCGAGUCGCCAAGUCGUUCGCCACUCAUUCGUUCGGCCCCCACUUGGAUUCACUGGAUUUACUCUCAACUACAAAUGAAUAAUUCCCCCUUUUUGAUCCACUAAUUUUUGCUAGUUAUUUUUUUCAAUUACGCCGAUCUAUGGCGAUACUGUGGUCGAAAGAGUUGUGAAAAUAUUACCAAGUGGUGUAAAGUGGAUCAGUUGGAUCCAAGUGGGCCCCGGACAUUCAUCGGCAUCGAGAAUGAAGGUCCAAUGUACAUUAUUUUCGUAGGUAAUUUAAGAUUUGUACCGGCAGACUAGAGUGACGACCCGUAUGCAUAAUGCCGAUGAUGUCUUCAAAACGUCUGAUUUUGAAACUACAUAGAUUAGGAUUUGAUAUGUCCCCGGUGACAUGACACACCUAAAACGCUUAAAACUACUUGUGUGUUAAAUUAAAAAUAGUAAAAAAAUACGCUUAGACAUAAUAAUAUUUUUUUGUUUUAUAAUUGUAUUGUAUUUGUAACGAAAUUGUGUUAAAAAUGUACGUAGAUCUGUGUUUAACGUGCCCAAUCUUACGUAGUUCAUGUCACAAGAAUUGUGGACUCUGCAGCUUUUAAAUACACUGAUUAAUAAAAUAGUCAAGUAUCUGUAUCUGAGCGUAUAUGCCGUUCAAGUAUUACCGUUUAGUUACUUCUUAGUCGGACUGUACCUUUAAUAAAAUCUUAACAGUUGACCACUUCAAUUUGCGAUCUCAGUAAUGCAGUUUGCUAUCAAAGUAAGCGUGAAUGAAGAUAUCAAUCUCUAUUUACGGAUGAAUUUAGACGUUAUUGAAUGCAUGCAGUAGUCUUGCAUUGGAACUGAUUAUCACAAAUUGAAGUGAUCAAAUGUGUCGUUGUCGUGCAGACAUGAUGCAAAAUAGCAGUAAAAUUGCAUCGCAGUCUCAACUGUUAUAUUAAUCUUUCUAUCAAAUAUAAUAUACAAGUGUAAUGUAUUAUAUUAACAUAAUAUUAUGUGUCAUGCCUGCACUAGCCACGUGCUAUCUGAUCGCAUUGCCAAACCCAACGUAGAUAACCUGUAUUUGGGAAACCUUUUAUUAACAAGUUGACUCUCGAUGUUUAAAAUACCUAUUAAAUAGUAAAUUGUCUAAUUUAUAAUAAUGUAAGUACGAUUGUCUGAUAAUGGGAACUAUCGUUAAGAUUGGACGAUACUACCUACUUAUAGUGAAUUUUAUUAACACCGAAUAUAAAAAAGUGUGCAAAUGCUGGACAUUUGCAUAACAUUAUUUAUGUUUAAAUUAAAAGGAUUAGCUUGUAAUAGUUAAAAUGAAUAUUUGAGUUGAACUACAGAAUAUUAAUGUAUUUAGAAUAAAAAGAUAUGGGAGGAAACUCAA